AUGUUGGUGAAAUUUGAAUUCAUUGUUUCGCAACUGUUACAUUUAAUUGAAAAUGGAAAGAAGAGGCUUAUUGAAUGGGAAAUUGAGAAUGCCUUAUCGGAAUAUAUUGCUAUACCUUCCGAUGAUAACAUUUAUGCGGGUGGCGAUGGUUCGGAUAUCGAAGAUGAGGUCAUCACUGAAGGACAGAGUACGACAAUGGUAGAAAUUUUUCUCGGAGAAGACUUCCAAGGUACAGAUCUGCGUAAUUCGGAAUUUGACAGCGGAGAUGACACACUGCUAGCCAGAUUAUCUUUUUCUCAGCCUUUAGUUCCACCAUCAUCACCAGAAAUUCAAACCAGGAUCAUCUACUGCUCAGGUUGA